AGCUCCUCCUGCCUCCGGGCUCAAGUUGAGCCUCUACCACCGCCUCCCUUUCUGCCAAAUACGAAUCACGAAACUGCUGGAAACGCUUUUUCUUCCUCGCGUCUUCUCCUUAUCUGCUGAAGUCGUGGUGUGCGCAGUUAUUCCCGUGUUCAGAAUGCACUCGGGGACGGUGGAGAAAGCUGGUUCGCCCAGGAAACGGGUCCUCUCUCGGGGGAUGAGCGAGGAAGAGUCCCUGCGACACAUUAUGAAAGAGGCUGAAGAGACAAACAAGCGGCUAUCACGCAGCGACAGCAGAUACGGAUCACUCAAAAGAGGAGAAACAAGAGAAAGCCAGAGUGAAGAUGAGCAUGCAGAGCAACCAGAAAUGAUGGAGCUCCAGGCAAACUAUGAAGACAGCUUACAGGAACUGCAGGCCCUUGAGCUGCGGCAGGAGGUGUUGUUAUUCCAGGUGGACUGUCUCCAGGAUGCCCUCCAGGGAGCUGAGGAGAUGCUCGCUGAAACACAGAGAGAGGCACAUGAAGUCACCAUGGAGCUGGAGCGAGAGAGGGAGCGGAGGAAGAAGCUGGAGGACACGGUUGCGUUGCUAACGCAGGAGGUGGAGCGUUUAACAGAGGAGAAAAACUCAGUUCCCCCUGACCCGGCGAAAAGCACAGCGCAAGAGGAGAAAGACGCUGUUGGAGCUGCCGAAGAAGAUGGAGAUGCCCUUAAAGAACUGCCUGUUAGCUCAGAUGGAGUCUUGCAGUCGUCAGACUCAGCAGGUGGACCUGCUGGAUCUUCUGGUCUACCUCUUCAAGAACAGAAAAUCAUGGGACUUCUGGCCUCCUUUUUCAAGAACAGAAAACUUGACCCCAGCUCUUUAAAACAAGCUGGUCCCAAUUGGUUCCAGGGUUCUUCCGAAGGGACUUCAGUGGACCAGGAAAGGAAGGAGGCUGGGAGAGAGUCUGAUGCGGAUCAUGGCUCAGUGCUGGAGGGGGAAGGUAGCCAAAAAGCUCCAGAUGGUGAAGAUAAUGAUGAGAGUAGUGGCUAUGAAGAUGCCCCAUCAGAGUUCUCACCUGCUUCUACUCCAGAUAGGCAUCUGGAGGCAGGCCUGUUGGAAAAUGAAGGAGUUAAUGAAGAAGGUGAACUGAGGAACAGCAGUGAUCCCAGGAUCCCAAAAGACCCAUCAGAGUCCUGCGUUCUGUCUUAAAGAGCUCUUUCUUUUAUGAUGCAUUAGACACUUAUCAGAGACCAGUUCACAUAUCCUCUAAAUGCCUGUUUUUCAAGAAGCUGCACUCUUAAAAAUGAAUGUGCCAAAAAGGGUUCUUUAGAGUGAUGCCACAGGAGAACCACUUUUGGUUCUCUAAACUGCUUUUCAGUGGAUGGAUCUUUAAAAAGUGAGACAUAAGAGUGUAAAGAACCUCCACAUAAUAUAAGGGUUGUAGGCUUAAAUGAAAGAUUCCUCCCAGAACAGUACAUUCAAGCCAAGAACCACAUAGGAACCUUUAUUUUUAAGAGUGUAGGGCAUGUUUUAUACAUUUAGCAUUACUGAAUCUACAUUUGCACAAAUGAUACUCAAGUGAAAUCAGUUGUUUGUGGUGGAAAUUUGUUUCUGGCUUAAAUCGUUUCGGUCUGCUUUAGUGAUACACUGGUCCUGUUUUUCUGCCUUGACAGCAAAUGUGACUGUCGUCCAGUUUCUUGAUGCAAUCCCAGCAGUGCUUUGUGUUUUCUCAGGAAAGAUGUAGACUGUAAUCUGCUGUUGGCCUGAGUGAAGUCUUGAUGUAGUCAGGCAAGAAAGUACCUUCUCCCUGCUUGGAACGUGCACUGUGGUUAGGUUUAUAUCUCAAGCUGUCUCAGUGGAAUCUGAGUAGAUGUUUAUCUGUAGUGUUUUGAGAACAUCUUAGACUUACUCCGCAUGAUCACUUUACAAUGUGUAUUUCCAUCGUUAAGAGCUGUUUUCUAGCUGUUUUUUGUAAUGAUUACAAAAGCCUUUAAUUCUAAAAUUAGUCCAAAAAUAGCUUGGUAAAAAUUAGCAAUAUAGUGCUGUGUUGCUUUACAGUAAGACUACUCUUAAGGGUUCAUGAAUUAUUUAAAGCUCUACUAUGUAAGUUUUGGGGAUUUGGAGACCUCUCUGGUUGAAAUGUGUAACUGCGCACAACGUGUGGAAAAACAUUUUGUAGUGUGGGUUGUUUCAGUCCCAUUCCCUGAGUCUAUGAAUCUUGGUGAAGGACACAUCUUACAUAGUGCGGCUUUAAAAGGAGUUUAUUAACAGCUAUUAAUUAGAUCAUAAACACCUUAAAAAUGAAAAAGGCAACAGUGAGCUGUUCUGUCUGAUUUCAAUAUGAAUGUGACAAAGUGCACAAGUUGAUCUGAGGUUUAACAGUAUAGAUGAAUAUGGGCUCAUUACUUCAGAAGCAACAACUCACUGUUGCCCUUUUUGUUUAAUUGUCAGAACUGCUGUGUUGUAUCAGUUGCUUUCAAUUGUACUCGUGGUUUUAAGGUGUUUGCUUCAUAAGUAAUAACUGUUAAUCAUCUAUAAACCUUUCAUAAAUCUAUUAUAAGGGUACUCUUUCUGUAAAGUGGUACUGUUGUGUUGACUGUUGUAUGGCACUUUUAGAUUUGGGACCAAAAAUGUGAUUUUAAGCGAGAUAAAUGGCUAACGUUUCAACAAGAACACAACUUGUUGGGUUCCCGAGUGGUAGAACCUGUCUAAGCAUUAGCCUUAUUUUUGGGAGUUCACAAGUUUGAACCUCGGUGAUGCCACAGCCCAAGAAACCGUAAUUGUCCCCUCUCUGUCUGGGAGGGUGAUGGCCAUCCUUCUCCCAGCAUCAGCAUGAUGCUAGUGGCUACCUUUGCCCUAGAAAAUACCUGGACACUCGAUUACUUGAUUUUUACUGAAGUCAGUGGACAGGCAGCUGUGCUAAAAUUCUCAGUUAUCCUGUUGCAGCGCUGCUUAGUGUCUGAAAAUGUGACCAACAGUGCAAAAAUUGUCCCUUCAUUAGGGGUAAUCUGAUCUAAUUAAUCUGAUCUGAUCUGUUGAGUGGUGAGGUUUGUGCUUUCUAGGACUUUAUUGGCUACUAAAAUCACAAAAGCCUUUCAAAUUAUAUUCAGAAAAAAAUGUGGUAUGACAUGCUUUACAUCUAACACUUUGUGUCCUUGUUUUGCCCAGGAAUGGAAUUAAUUUUUUAAUUAAAAACCUGGAUGGUGGCAACCCUAUGUGGCUCUCUGAUGGAACAAAAUUUGCCGGUUAGUGAUCGCCUCCAAGCGUGUUGAGCUGUACAGGGGUGUGACUUGAAAAGAUGCCUCUGAGAAAGCAUACACUAGCCAUACCCAUGGCUUGUAGCUUGGUAGCACUGUGUGAUAAGGGGAAGGUGGAAUUAGCAAUGACUAUUUUGACUACAUACAGGGAGAGAAAACUGGGUAAAACUACCCCAAAAUA